AAUUUUAAUUUUUUGCUCUUAAUCAAAUCCCCCUUCCUCCUAAUGACACUGGCAGAGGAUAAAAACAGAUGUCAACAACACAAGUAAUUUUGUGUACGAAGAAAGCCGAUAGAGAGAGAGAGAGAGAGAGAGAGAGAGAGCGAGCGAGAGCGAAAGCGACAUGACCGCCAUAUAACGUUUCCCGCUCAGACAUAAACACAAACAUUUCGCCUACAAAACAAAACAAAACGUUUACAACUCCAAAUUCACACACACAGACUGUGAGAGAGUGUGUGUGAGGCAGGAAGAGUAGGAUAGCAUGAAGUACGUUUUGGUAACAGGUGGUGUGGUGAGUGGGCUGGGCAAAGGCGUCACUGCCAGCAGUAUCGGCGUCGUCCUCAAAGCCUGUGGCCUUCGCGUCACCUCCAUCAAAAUCGAUCCAUACUUGAACACAGAUGCUGGCACCAUGUCUCCCUUUGAACAUGGCGAGGUUUUUGUUCUCGAUGAUGGUGGAGAGGUUGAUUUAGACCUCGGCAACUAUGAACGAUUCCUAGAUGUCACUCUUACUAGGGACAACAACAUUACCACUGGGAAGAUAUAUCAGUCUGUCCUGGAUAAGGAGCGGAGAGGUGAUUACCUUGGAAAGACUGUUCAGGUUGUUCCACACAUCACUGAUGCCAUUAAGACCUGGAUCGAAUCAGUUUCUCUCAUUCCUGUCGAUGGAAAAGUGGGCCCUGCAGAUGUUUGUGUUAUAGAGUUGGGUGGGACUGUGGGUGACAUUGAAUCCAUGCCAUUCAUUGAGGCUCUGCGCCAAUUGUCUUUUUCAGUUGGGCAAGAAAACUUCUGCCUUAUUCAUGUGAGCCUGAUCCCGGUACUGGGUGUUGUUGGAGAGCAAAAAACAAAGCCUACACAACAUAGUGUACGGGAACUAAGAGCAUUAGGCUUGACUCCUCAUCUAUUAGCAUGUCGCUCUGCACAGCCAUUAUUGGAAAAUACGAAGGAGAAACUUUCACAAUUUUGUCAUGUUGCAGCUGGUAAUAUUCUCAAUAUCCAUGAUGUACCAAACAUUUGGCACGUUCCUCUCUUACUUAGGAACCAAAAUGCUCAUCAUUCAAUUCUUCAACAACUAAAUUUACUAAGCAUUGCUAUGCCUCCCGAUUUAAGAGAUUGGACCAAGAUGGCAGAGACUUAUGAUAAUCUCACAAAUUCUGUGAGGAUUGCCAUGGUGGGGAAGUAUGUUGGCCUUACAGAUUCAUAUCUAUCUGUAGUGAAGGCCCUUUUGCAUGCUUGCGUCGCAUGUUCUUUAAAGCCAUCAAUUGACUGGAUUGCCGCUUCUGACCUUGAAGAUGACAGUGCCAAACUGACACCAGAAGCACAUGCUGCUGCAUGGGAGACUCUAAAGAAUGCUGCAUGCGUCUUGGUUCCUGGCGGAUUUGGAGAUCGUGGUGUGAAAGGUAUGAUAUUAGCUGCAAAGUAUGCCAGAGAGAACAAUGUUCCUUAUCUUGGGAUUUGUUUGGGCAUGCAGAUUUCCGUGAUUGAGUUCGCAAGAUCCCUUUUGAGUUUAGAAAGGGCGGACAGCACAGAGUUCGAUGAACAUACACCAAAUCCUGUUGUAGUUUUUAUGCCCGAGGGUUCAAGAACACAUAUGGGAAGCACAAUGAGACUGGGAUCCAGAAGAACACUUUUCCAGACUCCUGAUUGCAUUACUUCAAAGCUGUACCAUAACUCAGAGUAUGUGGAUGAACGGCAUCGGCAUAGAUAUGAGGUGAACCCAGAUGUUAUUGGAAUUCUUGAAGAAGCAGGCCUAAAAUUUGUAGGGAAGGAUGACAGUGGAAGACGAAUGGAGAUUUUAGAGCUUCCAAGCCAUCCAUUCUAUGUAGGUGUGCAAUUUCAUCCAGAAUUUAAAUCACGGCCAGGGAAGCCCUCAGCUCUCUUUUUAGGUCUUAUCUUGGCAGCAACAGGCCAGUUGGAAACAUAUCUUGACCGGCAUCCAAAUACAAGUUGACAGCAUUGAGUUGCUGUCUCAAUAUUCCCAGAUCAUUUUUUCAAGGUAGAUUUGAAUGUGGACGUGGAUGCGGCCUAGUGUAGUAAAAGCUAAUGUCUUAUCUAAUUUUGUUACUUUGAUCAGUGCACUUGCAUAACUUCAAACUCAAAUAGGGAUUGCCGUACGAUGGUGGAUAAAUACAUGGAAGUUUACGAUGAAAGUGGAUCCUGAUUGCUGAGCUAGCAUCUUAUCUUACUGUGGUUACACGAUUUAUCGUGCUGCUCAGUUCAAAGCUUAUUCAAAUUCUUAUUUUGUCGGAAGGAUUUCUGUAACUCUUGGAAUUUUCUUUUCAUCAUUUAUUCGCACUUAAAAUAUGCAGGCAUUUGAUUCAACCCAAAACAAAUGACA